GGAAGGUGAGAGUGCAGCCAGGGAGGCUGAGGAUCAGCGGAGCUGGAGGAGCGGGGGUGAAGUCAAGAAGUAGAGCACAGAAGUGAAGAUUUUUAAGAGACAAGAAGACGUCUGAACCCGACACCACCAUAAACCACAGGAACGAGAGGGGAGGGAUAGAGGACACCCUAACAGUGGCCUUCACAUACCACCUGCCACCCCCACCCCCGCCCCGCAGGCUGCAGGGUUGGCAUGCUCCGUGCAAGAUCAGAGGAACUGAUGCUCCUGGGAGCUCUGCUGAUUGGAUCCCUGUAUCCAGCGGGCGGUCAGGAAGCACUCUUACUGCCCUGGGAAGUGCAGCGUUACGACGGCUGGUUUAACAACCUGAGGCACCACGAGCUUGGCGCUGUUGGCUCCCGGCUGCAGCGCCGCAUACCAGCCAAUUACGCCGACGGUGUGUAUCAGGCCGUGGAGGAGCCGCAGCUGCCCAACCCGCGCCGGCUCAGCGACGCCGCCACGCUGGGAAAAGCCGGGCUGCCGUCGCUUCGCAACCGCACAGUACUGGGGGUCUUCUUUGGCUACCAUGUUCUUUCCGACGUGGUCGACGUGGAAACGCCCGGUUGCCCCGCCGAGUUCCUCAACAUCCGCAUCCCGCCCGGAGACCCCGUAUUCGACCCCGACCAGCGUGGGGACGUGGUGCUGCCCUUCCAGAGGAGCCGCUGGGACCCAGAGACCGGACGCAGCCCCAGCAACCCCCGGGACCUGACCAACCAGGUGACGGGCUGGCUGGACGGCAGCGCCAUCUAUGGCUCCUCUCACUCCUGGAACGACGCGCUGCGGAGCUUCUCUGGGGGACAGCUGGCGUCGGGGCCCGACCCUGCCUUCCCCAGAGACUCGCAGAACCCCCUGCUCAUGUGGGCUGCGCCCGACCCCGCCACCGGGCAGAGCGGGCCCCGGGGGCUGUACGCCUUCGGGGCGGAGCGAGGGAACCGGGAGCCCUUCCUGCAGGCGCUGGGCCUGCUCUGGUUCCGCUACCACAACCUGUGCGCGCAGAGGCUGGCCCGCCAGCACCCAGACUGGGGGGACGAGGAGCUGUUCCAGCACGCGCGCAAGAGGGUCAUCGCCACCUACCAGAACAUCGCUGUGUAUGAGUGGCUGCCCAGCUUCCUGCAGAAAACACUCCCGGAGUAUAAAGGAUACCGUCCUUUCCUAGACCCCAGCAUCUCCCCGGAAUUUGUGGUGGCCUCUGAGCAGUUCUUCUCCACCAUGGUGCCCCCUGGCAUCUACAUGAGAAAUGCCAGCUGUCAUUUCCGGAAGGUCCUGAACAAGGGUUUUCAAAACUCCCAGGCUCUUAGGGUCUGCAACAACUACUGGAUUCGGGAGAACCCCAAUCUGAACAGUACCCAGGAGGUGAAUGAACUGCUACUGGGAAUGGCCUCCCAGAUUUCGGAGCUGGAGGACAGGAUGGUGGUUGAAGAUCUGAGGGAUUACUGGCCUGGCCCUGGCAAAUUUUCCCGUACAGACUAUGUGGCCAGCAGCAUCCAACGUGGCCGAGAUAUGGGGCUGCCCAGCUAUAGACAGGCCCUGCUGGCCUGGGGGCUGGACAUCCCAAAGAACUGGAGUGAUCUCAACCCUAAUGUGGACCCCCAGGUGCUGGAGGCCACAGCUGCCCUGUACAACCAGGACCUAUCCAAGCUAGAGCUGCUCCCUGGGGGGCUCCUGGAGAGCCAUGGGGACCCGGGACCCCUGUUCAGCACCAUUGUCCUCGACCAGUUUGCACGGCUGCGGGAUGGUGAUCGCUACUGGUUUGAGAACAGCAGGAAUGGGCUGUUCUCCAAGAAGGAGAUUGAAGAAAUCCGAAAUACCACCCUGCGGGACGUGCUGGUUGCUGUUAUCAACCUCGACCCCAGUGCUCUGCAGCCCAGUGUCUUUGUCUGGCAUAAAGGUGCACCCUGUCCUCAGCCUAAACAGCUCACAACUGACAGCUUGCCCCAAUGUGCACCGCUGACUGUGCUUGACUUCUUUGAGGGUAGCAGUCCUGGUUUUGCCAUCACCAUCGUGGCUCUCUGCUGCCUUCCCUUAGUGAGUCUGCUUCUCUCUGGAGUGGUGGCCUAUUUCCGGGGCCGAGAACGCAAGAAGCUGCAAAAGAAAGGCAAAGAGAGCAUGAAAAAGGAAGCAGCCAAAGACGGAGUGCCAGCGAUGGAGUGGCCAGGCCCCAAGGAGAGGAACUGUCCCAUCAUCAUCCAGCUGCUGCCAGACAGGUGUCUCCAGGUCCUAAACAGGCGUCUCACUGUGCUCCGCCUGGUCCAGCUGCAGCCUUGGCAGCAGGUCAAUCUCAUCGUGUCCAGCAACCGAGGUUGCCGCACCCUGCUGCUCAAGAUCCCCAAGGAGUAUGACCUGGUGCUGCUGUUUAGUUCUGAAGAGGAACGGGGAGCCUUUGUGCGGCAGCUACAGGACUUCUGUGUGCGCUGGGCUCUGGGCCUCCGUGUGGCUGAAAUGAGUGAGAAAGAGCUACUUAGGAAGGCCGUGACCAAGCAGCAGCGGGAACGCAUCCUGGAGAUCUUCUUCAGACACCUUUUUGCUCAGGUGCUGGACAUCAACCAGGCUGAUGCAGGGACCCUGCCCCUGGACUCCUCCCAGAAGGUGCGGGAGGCCCUGACCUGCGAGCUGAGCAGGGCUGAGUUUGCCGAGUCCCUUGGCCUUAAGCCCCAGGACAUGUUUGUGGAGUCCAUGUUCUCUCUGGCUGACAAGGAUGGCAAUGGCUACCUGUCCUUCCGGGAGUUCCUGGACAUCCUGGUGGUCUUCAUGAAAGGCUCCCCGGAGGAUAAGUCCCGUCUGAUGUUUACCAUGUAUGACCUGGAUGAGAAUGGUUUCCUCUCCAAGGACGAGUUCUUCACCAUGAUGCGGUCCUUCAUCGAGAUCUCCAACAACUGCCUGUCCAAGGCCCAGCUGGCCGAGGUGGUGGAGUCCAUGUUCCGGGAGUCAGGCUUCCAGGACAAGGAGGAGCUGACGUGGGAGGAUUUUCACUUCAUGCUGCGGGACCAUGACAGCGAGCUCCGCUUCACACAGCUCUGUGUCAAAGGUGGAGGUGGAGGUGAUAUUAGAGACAUCUUUAGACAAAACAUCAGCUGUAGAGUCUCAUUCAUCACUCGGACACCUGGGAAAUGCUCCCACCCCCAGGGACUGGGGCCCCCUGCUUCAGAAGCCCCAGAGCUGGGAGGCCCUGGGCUGAAGAAGAGGUUUGGCAAAAAGGCAGCGGUGCCCUCUCCCCGGCUAUACACAGAGGCGCUGCAAGAGAAGAUGCAGCGAGGCCUCCUAGCCCAAAAGCUGCAGCAGUACAAGCGCUUCGUGGAGAACUACCGGAGGCACAUCAUGUGUGUCGCAAUCUUCUCAGCCAUCUGUGUUGGCCUGUUUGCAGAGCGUGCUUACUACUAUGCCUUUGCCUCACCACCCUCGGACAUUGCACAGACCACCCUCGUGGGCAUCAUCCUGUCGCGGGGCACAGCAGCCAGCGUCUCCUUCAUGUUCUCCUACAUCCUGCUCACCAUGUGCCGAAACCUCAUCACCUUCCUGCGAGAAACCUUCCUCAACCGCUACGUGCCCUUCGACGCCGCGGUGGACUUCCACCGCUGGAUCGCCAUGGCUGCUGUUGUCCUGGCCAUUUUGCACAGUGCUGGCCAUGCGGUCAAUGUCUAUGUCUUCUCAGUCAGCCCCCUCAGCCUGCUGGCCUGUGUAUUCCCCAACGUCUUUGUGAAUGAUGGGUCCAAGCUUCCCCAGAAGUUCUACUGGUGGUUCUUCCAGACCGUCCCAGGUAUGACCGGGGUGCUCCUGCUGGUGGUCCUGGCCAUCAUGUAUGUCUUCGCCUCCCACCACUUCCGCCGCCGCAGCUUCCGGGGCUUCUGGCUGACCCACCACCUCUACGUCCUGCUCUAUGCCCUGCUCAUCAUCCACGGUAGCUUUGCUCUGAUCCAGCUGCCCCGUUUCCACAUCUACUUCCUGGUCCCAGCAAUCAUCUAUGGGGGUGACAAGCUGGUGAGCCUGAGCCGGAAGAAGGUGGAGAUCAGCGUGGUGAAGGCGGAGCUGCUGCCCUCAGGAGUGACCUACCUGCAGUUCCAGCGGCCCCGGGGCUUUGAGUACAAGUCGGGGCAGUGGGUGCGGAUUGCCUGCCUGGCUCUGGGGACCACUGAGUACCACCCCUUCACACUGACCUCCGCCCCCCAUGAGGACACACUCAGCCUGCACAUCCGGGCAGUGGGGCCCUGGACCACUCGCCUCAGGGAGAUCUACUCACCCCCAAGGGGAAGUGGCUGUGCUGGAUUCCCAAAGCUGUACCUUGAUGGACCAUUUGGAGAGGGACACCAGGAGUGGCAUAAAUUUGAGGUGUCAGUGUUGGUGGGAGGGGGCAUUGGGGUCACCCCCUUUGCCUCCAUCCUCAAAGACCUGGUCUUCAAGUCAUCCUUGGGCAGCCAAAUGCUUUGUAAAAAGAUCUACUUCAUCUGGGUGACAAGGACCCAGCGUCAGUUUGAGUGGCUGGCUGACAUCAUCCGAGAGGUGGAGGAGAAUGACCACCAGGACCUGGUGUCUGUGCACAUCUACAUCACCCAGCUGGCUGAGAAGUUCGACCUCAGGACUACCAUGCUGUACAUCUGUGAGCGGCACUUCCAGAAGGUGCUGAACCGGAGUCUCUUCACGGGCCUGCGCUCUGUGACCCACUUUGGCCGCCCCCCCUUCGAGCCUUUCUUUAACUCCCUGCAGGAGGUCCACCCUCAGGUGCGCAAGGUUGGGGUAUUCAGCUGUGGCCCUCCAGGAAUGACUAAAAAUGUAGAGAAGGCCUGUCAGCUUGUCAACAGGCAGGACCGAGCCCACUUCAUUCACCACUACGAGAACUUCUGAGCCUGCACUCCCUGGCUGCUGCUUUCAGUCUCUUGCCUUCUCUUCUGUGCCCCUAAGUUGCCUAGCCCUGCUGGCAAUCUCUCUGUCAGAAUCCACCUUGAGCCUCAGCUGGAGGGCUGCAGAGCCCCUCCCUCAUCACCCUGUCUGUCCCAUGCAUGAGAAGAUGAAGAAGACCACCCCCUACCCCAGUUCAAGCCAUGGCACCAUGACAGGUUCUAAGCAAAAUGGGGAGGGGACAGGACAGUCCCUGCUUGUGACAAGUGUGGAGGUAAAGAGGUACAAUAGUGCUUGUCUCCAGUAGCUCCCCACAUCUCUGAUUGACUUCCACAAAAUCGAUGCAUGCAUUGGUAUUUGGUUGACCCGACAUUUGAGGGAGGAGGAGGCUGGGAUACUCUGGCUGAGAUUCCCCUCAGAGCCCAGUGCAGAAGCCGUGGUGCCUAGAACCUGAGCCCAACUGCCUCAACUCUGUCUCCAGGUCUUUUCCCUCCAGCUCCAAAAGGAACAGCCCGACUUCUCCCCGUUCCCACUCCCAAAGAGUCAGCAACCUUGAGGAGGGUACCAGGAAACAAAGAUGCCUCCCCAGCCCUGAUAUCCCUGACAUUACCAGUGAUACCCACUGCCCUGGUCCCUGGGUAGGCCCCUCUCUGUGUCUACCAGAGUGGUCCCUGGGCUCUGGGGCUGAGGGAGUCCAGCCUCUCUGUUAGAUGUUCAGAACUCACUCUCAGUUCCCCUCUUCCACAGCAGUUGGGUGACCAGCUGUCCCGGUUUGCCCAGGACUCUGCCCAGUUUUAGCACUGAAAGUCUUUUGCCCCAGGAAACCCCAUCAGUCCCAGGCAGAUAGGGACCUUAUGCAAGAGCCACUCUGAAACAUCCCCUUUGUACUCAGCUCUUUAAGACCUUUGCUUUUCCUUCUUCAUCUGGCUGUUUCCUAAAAAGCUGAGCUGUAAAAUAUUUUACAUUGAGGUAUAAUAAGUGACCGUGUACAUGUUUUACCACCACCCAGGUCAAGACAUAGAACAUUUCAACAUUUCCAUCACUCCAGAAACUUCCCUUGCACCCCAUCCACUUCGUCACCCUUAACUCCUAGAAGCAACCAUUGAUGUGAUUUCUACAAAAUCCAGUUUUGGUCAUACUGAAUGUACUCUUUUGAGACUGGCCUCCUUCAUUCACCAUAAUGCUUUUGUAAUUCAUCCACGCUGUUGUGUGUAUCAGCAGUCUGCUCCUUUUCAUUACUGAGUAGUAUUCCAUUGUAAAGAUGUACCAAAGUUUGUUUCUUCCUCUGUUGAUGGACACUUGGGUUGUUUUGAAUUUUGAAUGAUUAUGAAUAAAAAUGCUGUGAGUGUUCUUAUACCCA